CCAUUUCCCAAGGUGCCCUGCUGACACACCUGAAUAAUGGCCAAGACUAAGGCGAAAAAGAGUGCUGUUAAUGGUAGCAGCAGCAUCUGGAGUCGUAAGAGAGAUUUGGUCUAUCUUGUCUUCUUUUUGGUGCACGUUCCUGUCAUGCUGUGUUUCGACCUAACACACUACUACCCUUCCCCCAUUAAACCAACCUGGAUGACCUCGCUGCGAACAUGGUACAUCGCCACCUACGGCGACCGUUUCUUCUAUGCUCCACCCGCAUACUUCCCCCUCUUCACCCUCCUCGAACUAACCUAUCACCUCCCCUUCACGCUCUGGGCCAUCCCGGCCCUCGUCCGCAACGAUCCCCGCAUCCCCCUCGCGCUGCUCGUCUUUGGCCUUGAAACGAGCUUGACCACUUUUGUGUGUUUGGCGGAUAUGCUGAGUUGGGCCGAGUUGAGCAGUAAGCAGAGAGGGUUUGAAGGGUUGGGCGGCAUGUAUGGCGGGUAUGCUGCGCUCGCUGUUUUUAUGGUUGUGGAUUGCUAUCUUCGUCUUGAUGCGAUUUUGGCGAGGCAGAAGGGGAUUGCGCCUGUUACGGAAAAGAAGACUAGGUAA